GGGGCCGGGGGCGGGGGGGGUGUGACCGGAGCACUGCCGGUCCCUCCGCCCUUUUGCUGCCCCCAGCCACUGCCGCCUCUGGCCAGAGGACUCCACAGCCCACUCCACUGACUCUCCUUUGGAGGUUUCACACCAGAGAGCCAGAAAGAUGGACUUCGGCAUGUCUGUAGCCCUGAGCAAGAGAUUCCAAGGAGGGAAAGCAUUUGGCUUGCUGAAAGCCCGGCAGGGGAGGAGGCUGGAGGAAAUCAACAGGGAAUUUCUCUGUGACCAGAAGUACAGUGAUGAAGAAAACCUGGAAGAAAAGCUCACAGCCUUCAAGGAGAAGUAUAUGGAAUUUGACCUGAACAAUGAAGGAGAAAUUGACCUGAUGUCCCUGAAGAGGAUGAUGGAGAAGUUGGGUGUUCCGAAGACUCACUUGGAGAUGAAGAAGAUAAUCUCCGAGGUGACAGGUGGGGUCAGUGAUACCAUCUCCUACCGGGAUUUCGUGAAUAUGAUGCUUGGGAAACGUUCAGCAGUCCUCAAACUAGUCAUGAUGUUUGAAGGAAAAGCCAACGAGAAUGCCCCCAAGCCUGCUGGUCCCCCUCCUGAGAGAGACAUUGCCAGCCUGCCCUGAAAGUCCCUGCUCUGCCUGCCUGCCUGCUUCCCUGGCCAGCACUCAGUGGGGCUUCUUGCAUCUCCUUGUGACUUUUCUUAUUUGUUCCUUAUUGCUUUGUGGUUUUUGUUUGCUCCUUGUUUUUGUUUUUUUCAUUUUUUACCUUAGAAAGUUUUAGUGAUUUUUUUUAAAGGCACAAACUAAUCUGCCUUAGGGGAGUUAGAAAUGGGAGGAAUCCAGUGCCUUUGGGCCCUUCCCUUCUUUUGCAGAAGGGCUCAUCAGAAUUGAGAUGAAUGUUGGGGUAUCGCUGAUGUCAAACCAAAUACUUAUCCUUGGAGACUACUAUUUCCUUUCUUCCAUAACGUCUGAGUGAGAUUAGGUGCUCUCCGCAGUGAGAUAAGGGACUUAGAUCAGGACCUGUAAAUAUCUUCCCACUUCCGCUAGUAGCUUUUGGGGUGAUCUGAGCCACAAUUUCACUUUACCUGCCUUUUAACGUACCUCUCAGGACUCUGGAUUCCUGAUGAUAUAGAUGCCUUCUCCAUGGAUAGCAUGCAAGAAGCCUGGGGAGCAUAGGCAAAACAGCUGGCUUCCACUAAGGUUUUCCCCAUUUGCUCUGUGGUCCCAGCUGCCCCUAGACCUUUCUGUCUUCUAGAUAUCCUGCCGGUCAGCAUUUUCAUUUGGUAUGAUCCAGGUCUCCUGUAGCCUUUUGCUUGAUCUAAGUAAGCCUGUCAUCAUGAAUGAAGGAAUGUGAAGGUGCUGAAAUCAAAUGCCUCCAUGAUUAAGAAGGGAAAAAGGUAUGGAAAAAAGAGUUAAAAAAUUGGGCCCAACAGAGUUACCUUUGGGACUUUGCUCUCUGGAAAUAAAGACAUCUAGGGACCAAUGAUGACCCUGAGGAAAAUAGCAAGCUAACUGAAGGUUGGACCAGGUUGAAUGUUAUCUCUUCCAGGGGCAAAAAAAGAUGUGAGAAAAAGAUGAGAGGGCUUUUGGAGGUCUUCCUUCUAACUGCAGAUCAUCCCAGGGAGUCAGCACAGUCUCUGUCCCAUUUCAAGGGAAGAUUUAACAGCAUCAGAGGCCAGUGGGGAACUGAGAACCCCAGUACCAAAAUGUUACACCUGACUCUCUGUGAAGGGCUAGCAUAUGAAGGACAUUUCUAUGAAGAACUAGGGGAGAGGCCCUUCUGGCCAUGACCUGGCUGGUUUUUUACUCCUUGCAGAAAGCUUUAAUGCCUCUUGAUGGCAAAGGCCCAGUGUCCUGCAAACCUCACUUGGCCUUUGUUUUCAGAUUGCCCCUCUGGUUUCUCUGGGUGUGAUAUCUGUGAUGCAUCCCUAAGGUGUUGUAUUACAGAAACAAAUGUUAGAGCUGGAGAGGAUUUUGGAACAUGGAAUUUUAGAAUGGGAGACCCUCUAGUCCAAUCUCAUUGUUAGUAAAUAGGUGAGACUAGAACUGUCUCUUGUGGCAGAAAAGGAGAGAGAGAGAGGUAGCCAGAAAGAAAUUCUAGGGUAUAUGCUUUGUGUAAAUCCUGCACUAGGUGAAGAUGACUGGGUACCUCAGUUCACCCUUUAUUAUAGCAUUAGCAUGAGGAAUCUAUUUGCCUGCGUUACCCAGAUAUCUUCCUCUGUUCCCCAAAGGACCUCUCUGCCUCCUGCCCUCCCAAGCUUCAGAAACGUUUGAAAUUUUUGUAGGACAUUGUAAAGUUAGUGUCUUGAUUCAUAGUGAACAGACAGUGCCCUUCGGUCUGAGCUGCCUGGCCCUGCAGAGGUCCCUCUGGAAGCAGCAUUGCAGCGGGCCCUGUGGAAGGGGCUUAGUAUGUAGAAUUGAUCCACCAUCCACAGUAUGACUGGGUGGCUGUCUGAGCCCCAAGGCAGCAGUUGGUCUUGGAAUGCCAGCGUGGACGUCUUUACCUAGAAAGGCAUAACUAGAACUCUGUGGAAAAUGUGACAAAGAUGGACUUUGUCACUGGCUACAUCCCCUUGGUGGGGUGAGGGUGGAUCUGUGCUCCUGGAUUAUUUGGUGUUGUGCCCCCUUUCAGAAGACUGAAAAACAUUAGUAGUACUAUCUGUGAAUAUGACGAUGGUCCCCAUUCUGAGCAGGGCUUAGACUGUGUUGUGCCUUGCUCCAUUCUUAAUUGUGAUAGAUGCUGCUAAGCAAAGAACUUUCUGAAUUAGCUUGGAGGCAGGGUGAAUGAGCUAAGUCAUUGUUGCAUGUGAGCCUACCUGGUCCUGACAGGUUCAGGAGCCAGGAAAUAUUUUUGGCUACGAGUGGUUGAAUUUUGGCCUGAGUAGUUGCCAAUAUGUGCAGACAUAGUUGAAGUUUAACCUUUGAAACAUUGCUCCUUAUAAAUUCUAUCCUAAUUAUUAUUUCCAUAAGGCGACCAACAGAGCUAGCAGCUGACUUGAAAUUCUCCCCUCCCCUUUUAAACUGCUGUCUCUUUUUCCCUGGGAUGUACUUUGAGCAAGAUGAAGUCUGUUUUGGCAUCCCAGUCAGAUGUAGAUGCAAUGAUUCUCCCUUAGAAGUAAAGAAAGAAGGAGCUGGGCUUCUUUCAGUGGGUUCUGUGGCUUUCUAUGACCCCAGGAAAGCCUUGGAAAUAAUUUUCUUCUACUUUUCCAAGAAAUGGGAACAAAUGAUUUGCUCACAAGCUCUGAGAAGAGGCAGAGAAGGAAGUACUACUCUUUGAAAGGGGUCUCCUCUGAUAAAAUACAUCAACUCCUUCUCCAUGGCUCUUCAAGACUCAGAACUUGUUGGAACUGCCCCUCAAACAGAGCCAUUUCUGGGAAUGGUGAUAACUUGGACGGAUAUGAGGAGCUGCCCCUUGCGUCUGGGGCUCAUCUUUUCUGCCUUGGACUUACAAAGCAUUGGACUUUCAUAUCCUGACUUUUACUUUUGAAAGACCAAGUCUGACCAAGUUAUAAUUCAACCAGAUUCUGUCAAGGGCUUGGGCCCUUUUUUGGAACUGAAAAGGAAGAGUUCACCAGA